GUGAAUUAUUUUCCUCCAAUCGUAUUUGAGUAAAAAUGUCAAACCAGACAAGAAGAUUCCAGCCGAGGGGGCAGUAUGUCCAGGAAAGUGGACGGAGAAACCAGUACAACCAGGGUGCCUGGGUUCAAGGCAGAAAUCCUCCGCCUGGUCAUUACUUUGACGCGGAGACGAACCGACUCUUACAUCUUUUGGAUGUGGAAAGAAAAGCAGUGAAAGAAGAGCAGCGUAAGGUGAACUAUUUGGCAAAAGAACUACAAGAUACAAAGAACCAGCUGCAGAAUCAGAAGAAUCAAACCGCAGCAUGGGAGCUGAAAGUAGAGCAUGGACGAACGCUUAUAAGCACUUUGAGAGACCAGAACAAAACUCUGCAGAACGAACUGGAGCAGCUUAAGACCUCCAGUCAGGAAACCAUCUCUAAGAACGAGACGGAGAUUCUUAUGUUGAGGCAGCAAGCGGAGAAAUUAGAGCAGGAGUUAACUAGAGAAGGAGAAAACAACUCAAAGAAAGCAGAGAAUGAGUUCCAGGCCAAGGAAGCGAAGGUCCAUGAAUCCCUGGAGCUAAAAACUGAAAACAUGCUGGCCAAUUUGCAGAGAGAGCUGGAAACCGUAAAGGCUUCACACAGGGAAAUGACUGAGAAGUAUGAAAAAGAUACAGCUACUCUGAAACAACGGGCAGAAACGCUGAAGCAGGAACUGAUGGAGGAGAUGGAACGUCAUUCAAAGACGUCCAUGACCAACAUCCAGAUGUUUAACAACCUCACAGCCAAGAACAAAGCUCUCCGGCAAGAAAUGGCUGAAAAAAUGGCGAGACUUGAACAAAGCGCAGAGGAGACGGAGACACGUCUGCAGAGACAGCUGCAAGAAGUCACGCUUUCUGACAAAGAGGUCAUAAGGAAGUAUGAGGUGGAGGUUAGCCUGCUGAAAAUAGAGCUUGAUAGUUUAAAACAGCAGCUGAACGCAAACAACCAGAGAACCUCCAACAAAAUGACCGAAAUGGAGGUCCUGAAUAAGAGCAUGUUUGAAACCAUGGACAAGAUGUUAGAAUCCCUCGAACAAACGCCUGAAGACCCAGCAGCUGGUUUCCAGGAGGAGGUGGACCGGAUUAGGGCUUCACAGCAGGAAGCUAUCAGGAAGUACCAACAGGACAAUCUGACCCUGAGAGAACAGACAGAAACACUAAAACAAGAGCUGGAUGAAGAAAGAGAAGCCCAUUCACAGACAUUGGCGUCCAACCUUCAGGUCAUCAACGGCCUAGCAGCAGAGAACGAGGCUCUCCGACAGGAAAUGGCUCAGAAAAUCUCAGGCCUGCAAGAAGAAUUCAAAGCAACAGAGACUCUGAAGCAGAGAGAGUUGGAAGAAGAAAGAGUUUCCCACCAGGAAAUCGUCUCUGAGAAGGAAAGGGAGGUUCUUCACCUGAAAAGAAAGCUAGAACGUUUAGAGACGCUCCUCAAUGAUGAGGCAGAUACGUCUGUAAAGAAAUCAGCAGAGGACCUUGAUCUGAUCAACCAACUUAGAGCUGAAAGGGAUGAACUGCAGCAAGAGAUCUCAGCCCUCAAACAAACAUCCAUUAACGAGGAAAUCAGUCAGGAUUCCAUCCUUCAACUCACCGAGGAGGAAGUCCCAGAGAAAAGGAAAAAGAGCCCCUGGAAAAGGUUUCGCCACUCUCUGGGUUUGAGGAAACCAGAACAAUUCAAGAGAAACAAGUCCACCUCAGAAGAAAGGGCCUAGAACCUUUUAGUGACGCAGAGAGACUUUAUCAGGGUUCAAUUAAACUGGGACUGAACUGGACACCAUCAGCUCUAAACAUCCUGAACCACCAUACUGACAGAAUUGGCCUUGGAAAUGUUUUAAUCCAAACAUCCCAAAAAAAAAAAAAAAAAAAAGGGCAGCAUGGUGGAGAAGUGGUUCUCCUCAUGUCUGCGUGGGUUUUCCCCGGGUGCUCCGGUUUCCCCCACCUAUCUGGUUAAUUGGCCUCUUCAGUGUAUUGGUGCGUGAAUGAUUGUGCCCAGAGACGUGCUUCCUGGUCACCAUAAGAACCAGACCUUCUCACUGGAAGCCCCUUAAAAAGACUCCAACAGCCAAACCCUGUUUGAAUUCCAGUGGAUUCCAGUCCAUCUGUUGGGAUAUUGCCAGUAGAUCCAUCAGCAUCAUAUCCGCCUCAGGCACCAAAGCAGAAACAACCAGAAGACGUCUCCCUAUUAGAGCUUCAGCUACAGACUCUAAGCGAGGCAGGUUGAUCUAUGCAGAAGAUUUCAGUGGCAGACAAUUCAAAGAGCUGAACAUGAGGAAAACAGAAAGAAAAAGAAAGACUGUAGCGCCAAAGAGACAACAGAAAAUUAAAGAGAAUAAAAGUGAAUCAUCAAAAUAAGAUGAUUGUAUAAAAGAUCAGAAAGAUUAUUUAAAAAGAUGCUGUUUAAAUCGCUCAGUCAAAACGUCACACCAUGACGUCUCAGGUCUUUUUAUAGAAACAAUUCA